UGUAUACAGAGUACCCACCUAGACUCUAAGGCCUCAUUUUACCAUCAGAAGCAACCUCACCCAACUUGUCAUAUCCAACUCAUUAUUUGCGGUUGAAGUCCUCUAUAGCUACCGGCAAUAUCAAACAAAGUAGCAGUUACGGCCCUGUUAUCUUCUUACUCCUGCUUUAUUUCCGACUGAUUGCUUUGCCUACAAUACCAAAGGCACCGUUCAUUCACCAGCUCUGCCAACCCCUUGACAUCUCUCUCCUCUCUGACUUCACCUUUAUCAUUCACUGCUGCCAAAAUGAAAGAAUUUUUUAGACUAAGAAAUACACUCUGUGUUAGUCCAAAUGACAAACAUAACACACAACCUCUUCUUCUCUCUCCCACCCUCUUCCUAUCCUCUUCUUCCUUUACCACCACCCCUCUCGCUCUUAAAUACCCUACCAUCUCUUCUUUCGGACCUCCAAAUUUUGUUUAUUCUGGUUAUGGUACCACUGGAAUCUCAGCCAUUGUCGAACCCCCCUUUCGAGGUAGCAGAGGAAAGCCUCGCCUCCACUCAAACGAUGAACGACACCGACAUGAUCAUGUCGGGCUUACCGGCAAACGAGACGGACUCCAUCAAGAUAAUCGCCCAGGACAUGAAGAAUCUUGUGAAGCGUAUUCAGGACCUUCGUCACCUUGGCAUCGAAGACAGCAAGAUUGCUCUUCCCAAAAUCUGUGUUGUCGGAGACCAGUCGACUGGCAAAAGCUCUCUCAUCGAGGGCAUGUCCGAAAUCAAAGUCCCUCGGAGUGCUGGAACAUGUACGCGUUGCCCAAUGGAAAUCAACCUGACAGAAAGUCAGGAUCAGGAAUGGAAAUGCCACAUAUAUCUCUCGAGAAAAUUUAUGUUCGAUGGCUCUCGAAAGGUCACCAAAAUCCCAAAGAAGUCUCAGCCUUUAGGCCCGUGGAUCCCCCAAGAACAGGAAGACGAGCUUUUUAUCACAUUAAACAACAAAGAUGAUGUGCAAGAAGCUCUUAAAUGGGCGCAGAUAGCUAUUCUCAACCCAGGGAGAGCAUCGACUGACUACAUCCCGAGCCAGGACAUCCCGGGCCAGUCUGUCUCGGAAGAGUGUCAGGUCAAGUUUUCGCCCAAUGUUGUUCGCCUGGAUAUCUCGUCGCCAAACUUUCCAAACCUAUCUUUUUAUGACCUCCCCGGAGUCAUAAGUCAAGCAGAGCGUGACGAUGAACGCUACCUCGUCUCCCUGGUGGAGAACCUUGUCAAAGAGUACAUUUCGCACGACAACUGCAUUGUUUUACUCACGCUCCCAAUGACGGACGAUGCUACAAACUCGAGCGCUGCACGUAUCAUCGGAGAAAACAAGAAUAGUGCCAAGAGGAGAACCUUAGGUGUCCUAACGAAGCCAGAUAGGAUCCAGACUGGCGAAUCUUUUUCUCAGUGGACGGGUAUUCUGGAAGGUGAAAAGUUCAAGCUUGGUCAUGGAUACUAUGUCGUGAGGAACAACCCAGACCCAACUAUUGAACACGCACAGGCAAGGGAGGAAGAGGCCGAAUUCUUCGCAUCCAGUCCUUGGUCAACUGAGCUUUGUUGCUACCAAGAUAAAUUUGGAACUCGUCGCUUGCAGACAGCCCUCUCAAAUUUGCUUCUUGAACAGAUCCAGGGAUGCCUUCCGCGUAUUGUUGAACAAAUUGAGGAAAAGGCCCAGCGGAUCGAUGCUGAACUCCAGACGCUCCCUGGACCCCCUUCAGAAAAUGUGCAAUUUGUGCUAUGCAAGAAGAUCAACAGGCUUGAAGAGCAGAUACGAGCAAGCAUUGAUGGCGGCUCAUCCCAAUACCCCCUUCAGAAGAUCUGGGGCCAUAUUGCAUCGGACUUCAAACGGGCCUUGGUGAAAACUCGACCAACCGUGCAGCUUCUUUCAAGGUCUGAUACUUUUGUGUUUCGGGCCGACCGAGAUGAGGAUUCGGACUGUGAAAUGACUUCUGCUCAGCCAACAGCCCCUGCCCGUGGACAGACACCUGCUACUGCUGCAAGACAGUCACCCUCAGUGCAGCAACCGCCCGAAACAAAACCGUCAGGAUAUUCGACAACUCACUUUGAGCGGUUCAACGCCCCAGCGAAAAUGUUUACGUGGGACGAGAUCAAAGAAAUCAAUGAGGACUCAUAUCGCGCAGGGCUUCCAGACUUGACGGAUCCAAAGGCCAUUGAGAUAAUGAACCAGCACAGCGUCAAACACUGGGACGAACCAAUGGUUACCUUUCUCAACGCCACUCACAAAUUGGUGAGGGAUAUGCUCUUGAGACAGCUCGAAGAAGUCUUUACCGAAUACUAUCAGACCAGUCUCUACCGGGAAUUGAAGCGAAUCAUCGAUGUUAACCUACAAUCGAUCCGGAAGGAUCACUUUGGACAUGCUCAAGAAAAUUACAACAUUGAGUACAAUAAGCCCUUCACGAUGGCUACAUCUGCCCUAGAAGAAGCCACGAAAGUGAAUCACGACAAAAUAAGUGCUAGUCGUCUUGGUGCAAGGGCCCGGCGCUAUCUGCAACUGCAGGCCAAGUAUUCCGACGGAGAUGCUCGGUUUGAAAUUGAAAGAAAGAAGCUCACAUCCACUGAGCUUGGAGCGGAUAAGUUUGCCCAAGAAGUCAAAAUGAUGGCGACCACUCGUGGCUAUUAUGAUGUUGCUAGUUCAAGAUUUGUCGAUUCCAUAUGCCAGGGUGUCCAUACGAAAUUGUUCUCCAAGUGUCGUGAAGAGCUCGGAAAUGUCAUUGAGAAGGAACUGGGUAUUUUCGAAAAUAACGGUAGUGCCGUGGACCGAUGUCUUGAACUGAUGGCCGAGGACCCAGAACGUCAGAAACGACGACAGUUUCUCCUUCGAGAGAAAGAGAAGAUCUCCAAGGCACAGCAGUGGCUAGCUACUGUCAAGAAAGAAGAUGACUCAGGAUAUUCGAAUAUUGAUACUAUGAUCAAGGCGGAAUGAUAUGGAUGCACGAGUCCACGAUCAGUCGUUGGUAUUGUUUUUCUGUCUGUUUUGUCAGCCCGCUCAUGUUCGACUGCUACUUUUGGUAAUCGCCAUGGCCCCGGUGAUUAAUGUUGGACAAACAGGA